AUGUCACAACCUCCAGUGUUUAAGAGGUUGUUUGUAUCAUUUCAUGCAUGCACUGAAGGUUUCAAGAAGGGAUGCAGACCAUUCAUUGGUAUUAAUGGAUGUCAUCUCAAGGGAAAGUAUGGUGGUGUUCUACUAUCAGUCAUUUCUGUUGAUAAGAAUAAUGCCUUGUUCCCCAUUGCAUUUGGAAUAGUGGAAGUAGAAUGCAAAAAUAGUUGGCUCUUUUUCCUUGAAUGUUUAAAUGACGGACUUGGAGAUGCCAGUCAUGAUCAAUCUCUGACUUUUAUAUCAGACAAACAGAAGAGACUAUUUGAUGCAAUUGUUUUGAAGCAGUAUUUUUUGUCAGCAUCAAGAGCCUAUAUUGCCAUCCAGUUUGAGAGUGAGGUGAAUUUUAUUAGAGAGCUUAAUAAUGAAGCUUAUCAGUGGUUGAUUAAGAAUCCCUUAAGCAUGUGGGCUAGGCAUGCAUUUGAUGAUAGAGCAAAGAGUGACCAUGUCACUAAUAACUUGUCUGAAUCUUUUAACCAAUGGAUAGCAGAAUUAAGGUACAUGCCUAUUCUUACCUUAGUUGACCAGCUAAGAGUGAAGAUGAUGAAGAGAUUGUAUAGAAUGUAUAAGAAAGGCUAUGAUUAUGACAUUCAUGGUAUAGUCACAACAAAUAUGAAGAUAAAGUUGGACAUGGUGCAACAAAAGGCAAGGGAAUGCAUUGUUCAUCCAUCUAGUCCACAUACUUUUGAGGUGCAAGAUAUGUUUCAAGCAACAGCUGUUACUUUCAUGAAAGGAACAACAAAACAAUAUUGUGAUACAUUUUAUAGUGUGAAGACAUAUAUGGAUGUUUAUAGUGGGAUGAUCCAACCACUUCCUGAUUUAUCUGAAUUGAAACCAAUUGAUCCUACCAAGCUAGUACAACCUCUAAUUCUUAAAAGAAGACCAGGAAAAUCUCAUACAAGUAGGAAGAAGGAUGGUGAUGAGGUGAACAAUCUGAGAUCAAAGCCUAUGAUAUGUAGCAACUGCAAGCAAUCAGGUCACAACAAGAGAAAAUGCCAGUUAGCUCCAGUCAAGGGCACUGGAACUUCUACCAGUCAGGGAGAUGGUAUGAAGAGAAAGAAGGUGAAUGAGGGCCAAGAUGGCACCUGCAACUCUCAAAGAAUUACCAGAUCACAUGCAUCUACAGCUAUGACACAAGAGAGUAUAUAG